AUGGGACCGUGGCUUCUUCUACUGAGCUCCGUGGCCGGGGGGCUUGCAGCAGCUACCGGGAAGGCGAAGGGUAACUGCAAGUGUGCUCCUACAGACGCAUGUUGGCCGUCAGAUGGGCUGUGGAAUUCCCUCAAUGCCACAACCAAGGGUCAUCUGAUCAAGACCGAGCCCGAGGCGAUAUCUUGCUACCCUGGUCCCAAGCAGGACGCUGAGAGGUGUGAGGUCGUCGACGCCAGCUGGACACUGCAAAGCUUCCAAAGCUCAAGUCCAGUAGGACUGAGCUAUCCAAUCAACGAGACAUGUCCGCCUAUCAACGUCACGGCAGGGGAGACUCCAGGCACCUGCACGUUGGGCACGAAUCCAUGGUACGCUGUAAGCGCAUCGUCAACUUCAGACGUCGCUACGGCAAUCAAGUUUGCAAAGAACCACAACGUCCGUCUUGUCAUCAAGGACACUGGUCAUGACAUCCUGGGCCGGUCGACCGGCUACGGCAGUCUGGAGAUCUGGGUUCGAAGCCUGCGAACUGGCCUCACAUUCCAGCCCAAGUACAAAUCGUCAUGCAAGACGAGUGCAUGGACCGGAGCCGCUAUCACCGUCGGUGGAGGUUACACGUUCAACGAUGUCUACAAGGUUGCAAAAGCCAACAAUGUCGUCGUCGUGGGCGGUGGAACACCCUCCGUCGGUGCAUUAGGCGGAUGGAUGCAGGGUGGAGGCCAUGGCCCAGCGUCUAGACAAUUUGGACUGGGAGCGGAUCAGGUACUCGAGGCCGAGGUUGUGACGGCGGAUGGCAAAGUGAUCACAGCUUCGCCGUGCUCGAACUCAGACGUAUACUGGGCUAUCCGCGGCGGCGGACCGGGAACGUACGGCGUGGUCACCAAGACGGUCAUAAAGGCGUACCCAAUGGUCAACGUGCAGGUCCAGCACGUCGCCAUCGCACCACUCAGCGACAACACGAGCGCCUUGCUGGACGCAAUUGCUAUCCUCUGGGAAGCCUAUCCCGACCUGAACGACGCCGGAUAUGCUGGCUACGGCACCUGGUCCAUCAGUCAACCAACGCCGCUCUUUGCAACAUUCACAGCAGGCUACGUUCACGGCUUCUACACCUUCGACAAGACAGUAUCCUACGCCAAGUCCACGUUCGAGCCAACGCUGCAGAAGCUCCUGCCUUACAACGGCACCUCACUCUUCAUAUCCGUCGACUACGUCUCCUAUCCUGACUACUGGUCCUUCUACAAUACAGAAUCCGGCGUCGAGCCACCAGUCGGCACCGGCUCAGCACUAAGCUCCCGCCUCUUCUCUCGCUCCGCCGUGCAAGACGACACCGCCGGUCUGCGCAGCAUGCUCGACGUCAUCGCCGGCACACCAGAACAAUACACCAGCAACAACUUCGAGCUCGUCUCCGGUGGAGCCAACUUCGAAAAGCCCGACGACUACUCGGCACUCCUCCCAGCCUGGCGCAUCAGCUACUUCAACAACAUCGUCGCUCGCGGUUGGGCACCGGACGCUACUCAGGCAGAGAAGGAUGCGGUUCAACGCGAUAUCAGCUUCACCAAGGUCGGGGCGAUGGAGAAGCAGGCGCCCGAUACGGGGGUGUAUAUGAACGAGGGCGAUCGUUUGGAUCCGAACUACAAGCAGGAUUAUUACGGUGAGCAUUACGAUCGUUUGGCCAGUAUCAAGGAGAAGGUGGAUCCGAAUGGGGUGUUCUACUGCCCAACUUGUGUGGGGAGCGAUGAGUGGAAGGAAGAUAGUACGGGGAGGUUAUGUAGAGUGUAG